AUGCUGCAGAGUGAAGAAUACUUAGUCACUAGAGAAAUUCUUGCAGAAGCAGUUGAAAGAAACUGCAGAGACGCCCUUGACCACUACGGCGGCAUCGAAUACAUUGCUUCUGCGUUGAGAACAAAUCUCGAAGCCGGAAUCAUAGGCGAUCCAACCGACCUUAAAUCCCGAUGUGAAGCCUUUGGUUCAAACAAGCCUACUUCACAGCCACGGUGGCCAUUGGCUCAUACCAUAAAACGCAUCCUGUGGGAUGCUUUACGGGACACGACCAUCCUUCUCUUGUUGUGUUGUGCAAUGCUUUCCCUGGCCAUUGGCAUCAAGAUCAACGGUGCAGCAGAGGGUAUUGUCUAUGCCCUUUUUUUUAUACUAGCCUUGUCUUUUGUUGUCUGCUUUGGUGUCGUCGCUCGCUUUCUUAGGGAGAGAUGGAUGCUCAGGAAAUUCUCCAAACGGAACGGUGACGUUUUGGUUGUGAGGAAUGGCUUGGUUGAUGCGAUCCUCGAAUCCGACCUCGUUGUUGGCGACAUUGUGUGGUUGACUACCGGUGAUCGAGUCCCUGCUGAUGGCAUUUUCAUAAACGGCGAUGAUUCAUUUAAGCUCAACGCUGAUUUGGAGGUGGAUUAUUCCCAAAGUCCUUCUCUGUUUACCGGCGGGGAAGUGUCUCAAGGCCGGUGCUGUAUGCUCGUGACGUCAGUGGGUGACAACACUGAGAGAAACAGGCUAAUGAGAAAUAUUGGGGAUGAUCAUCGCCUUCAACUGUUGGAUGCUAUUGAGAAAACCAGCUCUAAAUUCGAUAAGAUUUGGCUGAGCCUUUGGCUGGUCCUUCUGGUGGUGCAAUUUGUCCGUUGUUUCGUUGCGAAGAAGGUUCAAGCUGAUAAGGAUCCCAAGGGAGUGAAGAACAGAAUGGAGGAUUUGAUGAAGGAAGUGGUGAAGAAGGAGAGGUUGAAGGCUAAGGGCUUGUUUAUGAUGCUAUUGGUGCUUGUCUUCGCGAGCAGAGAGGGCUUACCUUUAGCCCUCUUCGUCUCCUUGUCGUAUGCCUCUCACAGAAUCAAGUCUUGCAAGGCCACUGUAGCGCAGCUUCAAGCUAGCGCCACGGUCGGCUUGAUCACCACUAUCUGCGCCACGGGUUUAGUUUUGAAGCAUUCAGAUAUGGCAGAAUUGUGGAUCGGUUUUGACCUCGUUCACCAUCAUCUGCAAGUGGACGCACAACUUGUUGAAGCUUUGCGCCAAGGAAUAUUACUCCACUCAUCAACAAAUGGGUGUUUUGAGGAAAUCUGUCUUCUUAGUUGGGCCAGGGCUGUGCUAGGACUUACUAACACGGAGACGGAGUGCUACUAUAACUAUACAUCCAUGGUUCGAUACCAAAUCGCUGCGAAUUUAUGGUGUUCGAUUCUGGAAAGCGAAUGCCAAGUCGAAGAUAAAGUAAUGGUGCAUGUCCACUGGAGAGGAUCACCAGACUCCAUCUUGCCAAUCUGCUCCCAUUACUACACCUUACAAGGGAACAUCGAAAGCCUAGACGCCCUCAAGGCCACAGCCUUUAAACAACUACUCGCUCCAUACGGACAAUGCUGCUUCGCUUUCGCUCACAAACGCGAGAUUCAGGACGAGGAAAACAACAUCAAAACCCUGCAAACUGGCCUAAUUUUGUUAGGCCUUGUGUGUUUGAAGAAUCCCUAUUCGGCCGAGUUUAUACAAUCCAUCCAACAUUGCCAGGAAUCCGGAGUUAGCGUCAGAUUCGUGGUCGACAACGACAUAAACACGGCCAGGAUCAUCGCCGUGUACUCGGGACUACUGAGGCGCGAAGACGAUGGGAAAAUAGUCGAUGCACGCGAUUUCCGGAACCAGUCCGAAGCGGACCGCCUGAAGAUGGUGGAUGACAUUCUGGUGAUGGCCAACGCCACUCCCGGAGACAAGAUGCUGAUGGUGAAGUACCUACAGAAACGCCACGUUGUAGCGGCGGCAUCAGCCGCUAUCAGAGACUCGCCUCUGCUCAAACAAGCCGACGUUGGCAUCUUCCUCGGAACGUCUAACGAAGACGCCGACAUCUUCGUCCCGAGCAGCGGCUUCACGCAAAUCCCCGCAAUCCUGAAUUUGGGGAGGCGAGUUUGCAGAAGCAUCGGAAAAAUCGUGCAGCUGAAGCUCAUAAUGGAGGUCUCUGCUUUCACCAUCAACAUCGUUUCUCUGUUAGCUGGAAAUGGCAGGGAGGCGCUGGGCUCGUUGCAGCUGCUGUGGAUCAAUCUCGUCAUGGAAAUUCUGGGAGCUGCGGCGGUUGCCGUGACUACUAUUUACGGAAGCUCGGCUCGGGCAAAUACGGACCCGGUUUACGGUUCGGGUCGGAUCAUUACCGGGCCCAUGUGGAUGAGCAUAGCCGUACAGUCCUCGUUUCAGGUGGCGGUUAUUCUCAUCUUGCUUUUGAAGGGGGAAACCGUUUUUCAGGUGAGUGAAUCGGCGGUGGGGACCAUGGUCUUCAACUGCUACGCCUUCUGUCAGGUUUGCUUGCUGAUUCCGGCUAUUGAGAUUAGAAGAGGCGAUGUUGCGGCGGGGCAGAGUUGCGUUUUUCUUUGCAUUGUGGUGGUCAUCGGAAUUCUUCAGGUGGCGGUGGUCGAGAUUGUCGGAGCUAUUGCUCGUCGCCCCAGAUUGGGCAUCAACUUAUGGUGCAUUUGCGUUGGGAUUUCGUCCUUGUCUCUGCCGUUGAGCUGGGCUGCUAAUUUGAUAAUUAGGAUAUCACGAUUGUGA